GUGACUACCCCUGUUUUACUGUAGGGAUUCCAAGAUCCCCAAGCCCCCAGCCGGUCACCAGUGGAAAGAGGUGCGCUCAGAUAAUACAGUCAUGUGGCUGGCUGCAUGGAUGGAGAAUAUCCAGAAUACCUUCAAGUACAUCAUACUGAACCCCAGCUCCAAGCUGAAGGGGGAGAUGGAUUGGCACAAGUAUGAGGUUGCACGACGCUUGAGGGGAGUUGUCAACAAGAUCCGUGCUCAGUAUCAAGCUGACUGGAAAUCCCCAGAAAUGAAGAAAAGGCAGCUGGCCGUGGCCCUCUAUUUUAUUGAUAAGGUAUAGCAUGUGGGGACCUUGAGAGCUGGGCAACAAGGACAAUGGUGGCUUCUCCCUGGAGCUGGAGCCUACAUCAAAUAGGUAUGUGUGUGCGUGCGUGUGU